AUGCGAUCAUGGCUGCAGCUCUUUGCACGGCGAAGAGCGGCUUUGAGCACCCCUUCUGCCUCAAUAUGGCAUAAAUCGGGGUUGCGGUCCUUUGCAGCCUCUGCUUUCCGGUACGCGCCAACCAACAGUCCUCCUGGCGACCUCGAAACUCGAAUCGCCGCCAUCCCGAUAGAGCGAUACCGUAACUUCUGCAUCGUUGCGCAUGUUGACCAUGGCAAGAGCACGUUGAGCGACCGACUUCUGGAGUUGACCGGUACCAUCCAACCGGGCUCGAACAAGCAAGUCCUUGAUAAGCUGGAUGUAGAAAGAGAACGGGGCAUAACAGUCAAAGCUCAAACAUGUUCCAUGAUUUACAACUACAAGGGGGAGGACUAUCUGCUUCAUCUGGUGGACACUCCUGGUCACGUUGAUUUUCGCGCAGAAGUCUCGCGAAGUUAUGCCAGUUGUGGGGGAGCUUUGUUGCUGGUCGACGCCAGUCAAGGUGUCCAAGCCCAGACAGUCGCCAAUUUCUAUCUUGCUUUCGCACAAGGUUUAUCGUUGAUCCCGGUCAUCAACAAGGUGGACUUGCCUCACGCCGAUCCUCCCAGGGCACUGGAGCAGAUGCAUGAUGCCUUUGAACUUGAUCCUGAUUCGGCUGUUUUAGUGUCAGCAAAGACUGGGCUGAACGUGGAGAGUGUCCUCCCAGCUGUUAUUGAAAAAAUUCCAGCCCCUGUUGGAGACCAUACGAAGCCCCUGCGACUGUUUCUGGUGGACUCCUGGUACUCAAGUUACAAAGGAGUUAUUCUGUUGGUCCGCAUAUUCGAUGGUGAACUUCGUGCAGGAGAUCAGAUUAUCUCCUUCGCGACAGGUCUCAAGUAUACUGUGGGCGAAGUUGGUAUUAUGUACCCUGAUCAAACUCCUCAAAAGGUCCUCCGGGCUGGACAGGUUGGAUACGUCUAUUUCAAUCCCUCGAUGAGAAAGAGCAGCGAAGCUAAGAUCGGAGAUACAUACACAAAGAUCGGAUUUCAAAAUCAAGUUCAACCCCUGCCGGGCUUCGAAGAACCCAAACCUAUGGUCUUCGUUGCGGCAUUUCCGGUGGACCAGGGCGAAUUCGAACAACUUGAAGAUAGCAUUAACCACCUCUUGCUGAAUGAUAGAAGCGUCACGAUCCAGAAGGAGUCAUCACUGGCACUUGGUGCUGGAUUUCGUCUGGGCUUCCUGGGAACACUACAUUGCUCUGUUUUUGAAGAUCGACUUCGACAAGAACAUGGAACAAGUAUCAUCAUCACUCCACCCACCGUACCAUUCAAAGUACUGUACAAGAACGGCAAGGAGGAAGUCAUCACAAAUCCGGCCGAGUUCCCGGACAGCGAGGAAACACGCAGGAAUGUGGCAGAACUCCGCGAACCCUACGUUCUAGCAACUCUGACCUUUCCCGAAGAAUACCUGGGAAAAGUCAUGGAGCUCUGUGAGGCCAACCGGGGUGAACAAAAGUCCAUGGAAUAUUUCACAUCCUCUCAAGUCAUCCUCAAGUACGAAAUGCCCCUGGCCCACCUCGUGGACGAUUUCUUCGGGAAGUUGAAGUCGGCGACUAAAGGGUAUGCUACGCUGGAUUACGAAGAAGCCGAAUGGCGGGUCAGCAACAUUGUGAAACUCCAACUGCUGGUUAACAAAGAACCCGUCGAUGCCAUCUCCCGCGUCAUGCAUCACUCCCAGGUCCGGCACGUGGGGAAGCAGUGGGUGGAGAAAUUCAAGGAACAUGUCGAUCGGCAAAUGUUCGAGGUGAUAAUUCAAGCUGCUGUCGGUCGACAAAUCAUUGCGCGGGAGACGUUGAAACCGUUCAGGAAGGAUGUUACUGCAAAGUUACACGCAGCAGACAAGACGAGGAGGAUGAAGUUGCUAGAGAAGCAGAAGGAGGGAAGGAAGAAGCUCAAGGCUGUCGGCAAUGUGGUCAUCGAGCACUCUGCCUUUCAGGCAUUUCUGGCGAAAUAG